GCGGCCCUGGCGGCUGGGCGUCGGACUCGUCGGCGUCGGGCGUGUCCGGAGGCAGCCGAGGUCGCGUGGGGGCUGGGGCAGGUGCGGGAAGAGCCGGCCGAGCUGAGGCGUGUCCCGGAGCUUCCGAGGAGCGGAGCCUGAGGCGAGAAGAGAGCGUGCUGGGUUCUCCAGAUUCUGCCUUUCCCCAAGAGAGGGGGAUAGAGGAGGAGGGAAUGACUUCUGGGCUCCUGAUGGCCAGGUCCCUGGAAUCGGUGACGUUCCAGGAUGUGGCUGUGGACUUCACCCAGGAGGAGUGGGGGCACUUGGAGCCGGCUCAGAAGGACCUGUACAGGGAAGUGAUGCUGGAGAACUAUCAGAACUUUGUCUCCCUUGGAGGAAUGCCAGCCCCCAAACCUCCCGUGAUCUCCCAGUUGGAGAGAGGAGAAGCACCAUGGAGAGCAGACAGGGUUUAUUCAGAUUCUGUUAUUUGGAAGACCAUAUUGGAAACAAAGGAGUCAGCUUCAAAGCAGGGCACAUAUAUUGGAGAGUCAUCCAAGGAGAGAUGUUCAAAGACUUACAUCUGGGAUUCCACCCUACCAGGAGAUUGGGAUUCUGGGGUCAGUUUGGAGAGGCAGAAUCAGGAGAUACGGUCCCAACAAGUUUCGGUCAGUCACAGAAUAAUUUCUGAUGAGUUCAGUGUUCCUUCUGCAGGAAGCUUCAAGGUAGGGUCAGUUCUUGUUCCAGAACAGAUUGUUACUAUAGAACAGCAAAGUCAGUCCAAUACUAUUGGAAAGAGCCUCAUACAGUCCUCAGAUGUUAUUAAACAUAAUAAGAUCGCCUUAGGGAAGAAACUUUGUAAGUUUAAAUCCAAGAAGCCUCUCAAUUAUCAUUCAGACCUUUUUCAGUAUCGGAGAAUACAUCCUGGAGAGAAACACCUUAAAUGUAGUCACUGUGGGAAAGCCUUUGGGAGCAGAUCGUGCCUUAUUGCACAUCAGAGAAUCCAUACUGGAGAGAAGCCCUUUGAAUGUACCGAGUGUGGGAAAGCCUACAGGCGUAAGGCACAUCUUACUCAACACCAAAGAAUCCAUACUGGAGAGAAACCCUAUAAGUGUAAUGACUGUGGGAAAGCUUUCAGCAUUGAUUCAUACCUCAUUAAACACCAGAGAAUCCAUACUGGAGAGAAGCCCUAUAAAUGUAGUCAGUGUGGGAAAGUCUUUAGCCAGAAAGGUCACCUUAAUCAGCACCAGAGGAUUCAUACUGGAGAGAAGCCCUAUGAGUGCAAUGAAUGUGGGAAAACCUUUGGUCAGUCUAGACACCUUAGUGAACAUAAACGAACUCAUAGUAAAGAGAAACCCUUUGAAUGUAAUGAAUGUGGGAAACUCUUUAGGCAGCUGAGAAACCUUAGUGAACAUCAGAGGAUUCACACUGGAGAAAAACCCUAUAAAUGUAAUGAAUGUGGGAAGGCCUUCAGCAACAAUUAUGUCCUUAUUCAACAUGAAAGAAUUCAUACAGGAGAGAAACCAUAUAUAUGUAAUGAAUGUGGGAAGGCCUUCAGUCGAGGGACAUACCUUAUGAAACACAAGAGAAUUCACACCGGAGAGAUACCCUAUAAAUGUAAUGACUGUGGGAAAGAAUUCACUGACAAAGCAUCUUUUAUUUACCAUCAGAGAAUUCAUACUGGAGAGAAGCUCCACAAAUGUAUUGAAUGUGGGAAAACUUUCAGCCAAAAAGGAAGUCUUAAAAUGCACAAGAUGAUUCAUACUGGAGAGAAACCAUUUGAAUGUCGUGAAUGUGGGAAAACUUUCAGAAAUGGGGGUCACCUGAGUGUACAUAAAAGAAUUCACACUGGAGAGAAACCAUUUGUAUGUAAUGAGUGUGGAAAAGCUUUCAGAGAUAGUGGAGGCCUUAGUGCUCAUCAGGAAAAACAUGGAGAAAAGCGGUAUACGUGUACUGACUGUGGUAAAACCUUCAGAAACAAGGGAUACUUUCGUGUCCAUCAGAAAACUCAUACUCAGGAGAGACACUAUAAUUGUAAUGAAUGUGGGAAGCACUUCAGUCUAAGGGGCUCCUUUAUCAUUCAUCAGAGAGUCCACACUGGAGAGAAGCCCUACAAAUGUAACAUAUGUGGAAAAGCAUUCAGUUACAAUACAUCCUACAGUAAACAUCUGAGAACUCAUACAGGAGAGAAGCCCUAUAAAUGUAAUGAAUGUGGAAAAGCUUUUACUCAGAGGGACUAUCUCAUUGAGCAUGAGAGAAUCCAUACGGGAGAGAAACCCUUCAAAUGUAAUGAAUGUGGAAGGGCCUUCAGGCAGAAACAGACUUACAAUGCACAUAAGAAAAUUCAUACUAGAGAGAAACCCUUUAAAUAUACUUAACAUGGGAAAGCUUUCAGCUAGAGGAAUCACAGUAAAGAAAGUGAUUUUUAUACCAGUGAGAAUCCCCAUAAACAUAAUAAACAUGAGAAGGUAGCCAUCAUAAACCAUAAGGAAAGCCAAUAAUUCAGAAAUGCACACUCAAAAAAAGCCCUAUGAACAGGAUGAACAUGGACCAAAUCUUAGACAUAUGUUUUGUUUGUCAGAUUAACUGGCUUUAAUAAUAUGGGGAAUUUUUCAUACCCAACUGUCACCUUAAGAAAACGUCAUGUUUUGUCCCAAGGUACAGCAUUUGAUGAUUUGGGACAGAAAAGUGACUCUAAUAAAAAAUAAAACUUUUCCAACCUUUUCUGCUGGAAUACACAUUUUAAAUUGGCAUUACCUAGCAGUUAAGUUGCAUUAAGAGCAGGUUUCAAAAGAACACUAUAUCACAGGAGUUCCAGACCACAGUUUUAGAAAAUCCACAAAAAUAAUAGCAAAAGGGAGAAAUCGGGGCAGCUAGAUGGCGCAGUGGAUAGAGCACCGGCCCUGGAUUCAGGAGUACUGAGUUCAAAUCCGGCCUCAGACAUUUAACACUUACUAGCUGUGUGACCCUGGGCAAGUCACUUAACCCCAAUUGCCUCACCAAAAAAAAAAAAAAAAAAAAUGGGAGAAAUCUAGGAGCUUAGAGCAGAGAAAUAAAACAACAGAUAAAUGACAUAAGAUGAUGUUCUUGCCCAUAGCAGGAGGAUGCGUAAUGGUGAGAGUACCUGUCUUCAUGUUUGUCUCAUAUAUAAAUUAAUUACUCUUGGGCUUGAAGGGGUCCACUUUACCUGUGCUUUCCUGCCCUGACCGGGAGCCUGAACUCAAAUCAUAGAUUGUUAAAGCUGGAAGAUCACUUGAAGAUCACCUGGUUUAACUACCUCUGGUACUAAAAGAUGGACUUGGAGAAUAAGAAGAGGUAUUUGGUUUCUUCCUCCUGCUGCAUGGGAAAGUGAGGUUUCCAGCAAAUGAAGGGGAGACUCACUGGUUGGCUGUCAGUUACUUGACCCUCCAGCAACCCCAGAGUCUUUUCCUGCAGGUACACACCUCAGCCUCACUUGGGAUAUGUUUGGGAACAAUGGACAAAUUUCUGGGAAAGGUGAAACUUGAUAGAAGAAAGUUUAGGUACCACUCCUUUGUGUAUUCUUUGUGUAAUAAAUUUGUUUUUGUGCUUCAUGCCACAUUGAUACUGGCAAGGGAAUUAAAGACACCUAGAUGAGAACCAAAUGAGCCAAAGUGUCACAUUCCCAGGGUAAGCCUUGGGGCAAGACAGGCACCAACAUUACAUGAACAUUCCUUAUUUCAGGUAUAACUUCUAGUCAGGGUCCUGGGUCAGAACUUUGACUUGCUGGAUGAUUCCACAAUUCAAAUAACAGAACUCAUUAGUUUGAUCAGGGUAAAGAUUCUCUGGGUUACCAUUGAUAUGCCUAGUCAUCAACGUGGAUCCUUUCAGAAAAUCCUACAUGGGUACCCAUACCAAAUAUGUCAUUGAAAUAACCUUUCAAGAACAGUCUGUAGAAAACAGUGAGUCCA